GCUGUAAUCCAAUGCGGAGUUUUAAAGGAGAUUUAAUACAUUAAACGUUUUCCAUUUAUGCAGCAAUGUGGAAAAAUCCAUCAGAAUAUUUUGCCGCAGCCACCGUGAAGUAUUUCGAGCGGCACAAAGGAGAGGUUAAUUCCUGUGCGAUAUCACCAGACUGUAAGCUCAUUCUGACCUGCUCUGAUGACAGUCGGAUCCACUUAUGGGACGCAAAGAGCGGAUCACUCCAAUGCAAAGUGACGGGACACACAGGGCCAGUAAAAUCUUGCUGCUUCUCUCCUGACUGCUCCCUUUUUGCCAGCUCAUCCCAUGAUUGCACUGUGCGGAUAUGGAAAGUGGACACAGCAGAGUGUCUUCAUGUGCUAAAGGACCAUUCUAAGUGUGUUGAGACUGUUUGCUUCAGCCCGGAUUCUGUGUAUCUGCUGUCUGCAGGCUGGGAUCGGUUUGCCAUACUGUGGAACGUGCAGCAUGGACAGCAUUUGAAGACAUUUGUAGGGCAUCAAGAUGCCAUCCAGUGCAGUGCUUUCUCAAAGAAUGGAUCUUACAUAGCCACCGGAUCCUGGGAUUACACUGUUAGAGUAUGGAGUUUGCAAAAUGAUGGAAUGGACAGAAUUCUGAAAGGACACAAGGGCAACGUCAGCUGCUUGUGCUUCUCUGUGUCUGGGAUGCUGGCUUCUGGUUCUUGGGACAAAAGUAUUCGUGUGUGGAACCCACGCACCGGCUCCCUUAUCUUCCUACUAAAAGGACACACUGGGUGGUUGAGGAGCAUGUCUUUUUCUCGGGAUGGCAUCCUGCUGGCAUCCGCAGGACAUGAUAAGAUGGUAAAGCUCUGGGACUGUGGACAUGGAAAGUGCAUCAAGAGCUUGAGAGCAAUGAUCGAUGUGGUACAUGCAUGUACCUUUUCUGCAGAAGGGACCCUCUUGUUAACUGGAGCCACUGGAUUCACAAGGAUUAAUGGAAAAUGAAAUGAGCAUUAGCCUUGUUGCUCUGGAAUUUCUGACAAUGGAGUAUAAAAUCUCCUGAAUCAAUGUUCUACAGCAGGAAGAAAACCAGAGCGGCAUCAAAAAGCCUGUAUUAUAGAAAAACAUUGCAGUACUGCAGAUGCAGCACUCAGCCAAAGUGGAGAAAGCCAAACUAUUUGUCAUAAAAAAGGUUUCUAUAGUGUUAUAAAAAAAUUGCACAUUGUGGUCUUAAGCCCCCUUUUUUUUUUUUUUUUUUAAGAUUUAACCCUAUUUUGUGGGGUGCUAGUGUUCACUAUACUCUGUUGUACCCAUUCCUAUUUUAUUUUAAUAAACAUUAGCAGAGUAAGCCUUUG